UCUAACGUUGACUAUUCGCACAGCCACUCGCAUCCUGUCCAAUCCAGGCCACAGCAUGGUUGAGCUUUUUGUUUUCUCUCGUGCAGUUUUCAUCCGAUAGAAGAGCAAUUUCCAUUGUCGUUCGACAGUUAAAACGCUGCGAUUGUGUCAGUACAGUUGCGAAAAGCGUCCGAAAUGCAAGUGUCAAGCACAAACGACGUAAAGAUUUACAACCUUAGCGCAGGUCGUUCCCUGCCAGAAUGGCUAUCGGAUCGCAAGAAGCGCAUGCUGGCCAAGAAGAACGCGGAGAUACGGCACCGCAUCGAACUCAUCCAGGACUUCGAAAUGCCAAUCGUGAGUACCAAUGUUGCCAUAUCGCGCGACGGCCAGUACGUAAUGGCAACUGGUACGUACAAGCCACGCGUUCGCUGCUACGAAGUGUCGCAGCUAUCCAUGAAGUUCGAGCGCUGCUUCGACUCCGAUGUAGUCACCUUCGACAUAUUGAGCGACGACUACACAAAGAUGGUGUUCCUUCACUGUGACCGUUACGUCGAGUUCCACGCCGCGUACGGGCGCUAUCACAGGAUCAGAAUUCCAAAGUUUGGCCGUGACAUGACUUACUUGCCCGCCGCUUGCGAGCUGUACUUCGGCUGCGACGGACCUGAAGUGUACAGGCUCAACUUGGACCAAGGUCGUUUCAUGAACCCAAUCAUGACUGAGGCGGUGGCUGUCAACGUGUGUCGCGUUAACAGUUACCACAAUCUUGUUUGCUUGGGGACGCAAGAAGGUAAAGUGGAAGCGUUCGAUCCUAGGUCGAGGUCGCGAGUGGGAACCCUUGAAUGUGCUCUCAACAGUGUCACCUUAGACACAGAAGUCGAGGGAAUGCCGUCGGUCACCGCGCUGACAUUCAAGGACGCCUUGACACUCGGCGUCGGCACGGCAACAGGUCAGAUCUUGCUGUUUGACAUUCGUUCUGACAAGCCACUGCUCGUGAAGGACCACCUGUACGGCUUGCCCGUCAAGAAGAUCGCCUUCCACUCCGGCGCCGACGUUGUGAUGAGCAUGGACUCGAAGGUGCUUAAGCUGUGGGACCGGUCUUCGGGAAAGGCGUUCAGCUCAGUCACUCCAGGCGUCGACUUGAACGACCUGUGCCUUGUAGGAAGCUCUGGGUUGUUCUUUCUGGCAAAUGAAGACAAAAAGGUGCUGUCAUACUACAUCCCAAGCCUAGGCCCCGCGCCACGCUGGUGCUCCUUCCUGGACAACUUGACAGAGGAGCUGGAGGAGACGCAUCAGGACACUGUGUAUGAUGAUUACAAGUUUGUCACACAGAGGGAGCUAGAGAAUCUUGGCUUGGGCCACCUUGUGGGCACAAACCUUCUCCGAGCAUACAUGCAUGGCUACUUCCUAGACAUGAGGCUUUACCACAAGGCAAAAGCACUGGUGCAACCUUUUGCAUACGAUGAGUACCGAAAGAAGAAAAUCAGAGACACAGUUGAAGCUGCAAGGAAGAACCGUGUUGAGAGCAAGCUCAAGUUACCAACAGUCAACAGGGAACUGGCAAAGAAACUUCAAGAAGCAGCUGUAGCCGAGGUUACGGUAGCUUCAAGGAAGGAUAAAAAGGCUCCAAAGACGGCCCUCUUGGAGGACACGCGAUUUAAGGCAAUAUUUGAAAACCCAGACUUUGAGGUUGACCCUGCCAGUGAAGAAUACAGAUUGUUGAAUCCACUCGUGAAGAGUCUGGACAAACGGCAAAAGAAAAAAGUGGAUGAAGCCGAGGUGCAAGGCAAUAGCAUCAUGGACUUGCUCAAUCCAGUCGAACAGAAUGCCAGCUCAAGUGAAGAGGAGAGCUCAGCUGAUGACAGAACAUGGACAAGAGAAGUCAAAAAACAACACCGGAUGAUAAAGCAUGAAGCAAAAUCGACAGCAGAAGGUCCUAAGAUGUACGAACUGAAGAGUGGUGUUGAGUUCCACGGAGUAAUUUAUGGAAAAGGUGAAAAUGUAGACAUUGUGAAAAAGCAGCAGAAGGCAGCACAGAAGCUGACACUUGCUCAGAGAUUGGACAGGAAUAGCACAGGUGCAGAAGUGGGUGCCAGUGGGAAUAAGAUGAUGACAUUUGCAUUGAGAAAAACGAAAGUUGAGCAAGACAGGGAAGAGAAUGUGAGGGCACACAUGGUCGAUCGGAGGAAGGCUAGGCGCUCAGCAAAAGGGUUGAAAAUGAGUAUGAAGGGACUGCCUUAACUUAUGCCACAGCCCAUACUUGUAAAUAAUAAGGUAUCGCUCUUACAUUGUCCACUCUUACCGCUGGAAAGGUUAGGAACUAGUCUCUUAAGUGUCCUGCUUUUACAGUGCUUGCUUGUCAACCGGAUGAACUAUCACAGUGCACAAUUUCAUGAACUAUCCUAAUUAGCCAGCUAGGUCAUACGUGCACACUGAAUAAAGAUGAAAGGGAGCAAGUGGUGAGCAAUGUUUGUUCCCAUUUGUCUUCUGCUUGUGUGUCUAUGCUUACUCACUUAUCACCACAGACGCUACCUUGUUACACAUCAAAAAGCUAAGGCUGUAAAUUUAGCAGCUGGAUAGCAUUUUGUUCUUUCUCAUGGUGCUAUUUAAUGAGGGGAAAAACAGGACCUUCUUGCCUAAUCAUUAAGGCAUGAAAGUUCGACAUGUACUUAUGGUGUUUUAACAACUUUACCACAACACUAAUUGUUUCUCCUGCUUUAUAAGGUGGUAAGGUGUGAAUUCUAACACUUGUUUCAAGCAGGAGUAUAUUGGGGAUAAAAACAAUUGCAUACAUUCUUUUGAGCACUAACAGUAAAAUUAUUGUGAAGGAGGGUAGAUACUGGGCUUGCUGAUGUGGCAUAAUUCACUUUACAGCAUGGAAAGCGUGAGGCAGAGGAAAUGACGCACAUUGCUUAAUUUCAACAAGUUUUAUGCUCUGGUAACAGUAUCUUGUAUAUCUAUUAAUUUCAUAUUAAUGCUUCAAUUGGUUGGGACCACAGGCAGACGUUGGGCAUUAACACACCCACUUUGCUUACUCACCAGCAAGGAAGGGACCAACAGACUGAGCUGUUGAAGUUGAAAAUGCCUAUGCAUGCUGCCCUUCAACUUGGCAGAUACAAAAUACAACGCCAUCUGAGUGCCAUUUUGGUACAGCUUACUAAGCAAAGCAACAUUCCACAACUGGACGUUCAGAUUCAUUGAUCAAAAUGUGAUAACUUGAGUUCAAAUUAUUGUUGCACAGCUCUACUUGUAAAGGCUUUAAUAUGCUACACUGAAUAAAACUUUACAGUCAGUGUCGUGUGCCAUUUGCUCUGUGCAUUAGUCCUGUGUUUUCUCUGCUGUGCAGUGAAAUCUUUAAAAAGUGCUUUUCACUGGUUGAUUUGGAGCAAGUGCAUGGUUUCAUCAGCCCAUAUCUGUUGGCAGAGAGCAAGAAUGCUCUGUAGGCGAUUAUAGCAGAAGUUACGCACAAGUCGUGCAAACUGGCUCUGAAUAUGGUGCCAAACUUUCGCUCUGUACUCUUAUAUGACAACCGAAGUCGCCAUUCCACCGCUGGCAUGAUGUUGCUCGCUCAUUUUACACGAUCAAUGUGACUUGUGCUUCUCGUCCUAUUUCCGUGCACAUGCAAUGGAUGCAUGAAAAGGGGCAUGGGACACCUGCUCAUAAUAAGCUGCAAUUCUUAGAUAACUUGACUUUCGCCACAAAUCAUGUCUGAUAGUGUUACUGACCAAGAGCAAAGAAAGGUUUGCCAUUGUAAUCAGCAUAUACCAAAGUUAUAAAAAAAAAUGUUUUUGCCUCAAUGUGCCUCGAGUCGCAUCUCAAGAAGUCGUGGUCACAAGAUGAGCGAUAACUGGCAUGUUCAAAUUGGGAAGCCCAUUGGAGCUGGUUUUUCUCGCUCUGGGAUUGUCAUAACCAAAUUCCUGCUGCAUAAGCUGGACAGCUUUAAAGUGGCAAAAGCCAACAGUAUGAAGCAGCCAGUAGUAGGCACCGAUUGCCACACAGGAUGGCGAAUUGUGCCAUUGGCUAGGUGUACCAAAUACCACUUACUUGUGUCUACAUGUUCCAAACUGGAUACUAUGUUAAUGAUAGGGAUAGGGAACAUUUCCAGAACACAAAGGGGAAAGAAAAUACUAAUUUAGCUGAGCACGGUAACAUGGGCACUUGUGAUCCCCAAGUUGUUGAGAUAAAGAUUCUCGGUAAAAGUAGAAACAAACACACAGCUCAUAUUAGAAGCUGUUCCAAUAUCAAAGAGGGAAUUGAUUGUGUCAGCAGUCCGUCCAUCAACCUGUACAAUAUAAAGAAAGCAUUUCUUGAUGUGCACAUGUAGACACUGUUGUGAUAGUCCUGUUUUUGCGCAUGUUUGUUUCGUGUACACGCCUGCAUAUUUAGCGGCCCAUGCUGGUGAAUAAAACUGUGAGUCUAACACUUUCUCUUCAUA